AAUAAGUUGUUUAAAAAUUAGCUAGAUGAUAAAUAUUCAAAUCUGUACCAACAACUAUCCAGUGUAAGCAUGCACAACUGUAUGACGGUACAAAUAAGCCCAAUGGCUUCGUAUUAUCAAAUGAUUAUUCAACUUCUACUCAUUGCUGGAGUGAUAACAGCGGAACGAGUUAACGAUGAAUGCUGGAUUCCGGUAACAUGCGAUGGACAACCCACUUGGGUGAAGCAAUUACCGAGCAGUCCGAGUUGUUUAACGGAUGAAAUGUGGAAAAAUAAAGUAAAAGACCUAGAAGAUCAAAUAGCAGCAUUGUUUGAAAGUAUAUCACAAAUGGAGAAAAAACUUGAAAGUAUCAAAGUCACCACUUCUAUUUCACGUGACGACGGAAGUUCUACUUUGGUUCCAGAUACAACAAAUGUUCCUAUCACUAACGAAGACUAUGAACAAACUACUUUUGAGCAUCACGGAGAAGUUCAUGCAGCUACUACCAAAAUUGAAACUACUGAGAAAGCUACUACUGUACAAAAAAUUGAUGCUUUCGAAGUUCUAACUACAUCUGAAAACUGUGGGGUUGUAUACAAAGGCAAAUGCUUCCAAUUAUUUGUCAAUGAAAAAACAGGAAUCAAUUUCAGAGAUGCCCAGUCUAAUUGCAACGAAACUGGAGCAAGCUUGGCAAACAUAUAUGACCUUGCACAUUAUAAUUUGUUACAAAGCUAUGCACGCCCGAUGGUUCCCUCCACGAUAUCUGGAAUCAGCCCAUGGACAGGAAUGACAUAUCAGAACGAUACAAUCUUGCUAACUACAGGUAAAAAUGUGUCGUUACCAUGGUUUUCAAAUUUCCCAGCAUCUGAUGAAGCAAAAACGAAUGUUGUGAUGAUGAUCAGAAAAACAGAACAAAUGGACAAAGGAAUGAUGAACAUUGAGUCAUUUGAUAACACUCUUAGUUUCAUUUGUGAAACCUAACAAUGUAGUUUCAUAUACUUAAGUUUGAUUUAAAAUAUGACUGAGAAGUCGAAACCGGGAGUCAGAGUUUGUUAUGAUUUUAUUGGAUUAGGCGUCGUAUAUUUAUAAUUUAUAUAUUUUGAAGUCCGGAGUUGAUUAUUACGGUGUCGAGAGUUGGAUACAAAAUUUCAGUCAUUUCCUGGCAAUAAUUAAACAAAAUUUUAGAAACUCCAGAUUAAACCUUUGACUAAGCGUUCAAAAUAUUACAUUAAAGAAAGAUUGCAUAUACCAAAGUAUUUUUUAUCAAAAUUGGAUUUCUUCGGUAAGUCGGAGCCAAAGUAGGAAUCAAAAAAUUUUUCUGUCAGGAUUCGGGGGUCGAAGUCUAUUGUUAAUUUUACCUGACUUCACAGCUGAACUUUGAUUUAUGUAACAUCUAAAUCAAUUUAUUUUUCCUCUUAUGAACUAGUACUGCAAUACAAUAUAAUUUCUAAUAAUUUAACGACAUGUAUGUUUUUUUUUUAAUUUACAACUCUAAUAUCCAUGAUAUUAAUGGUAUGACUAAUUCAUAUCGAAUUCUUCAGAAUUAGGCCUAAUUAGGAUUAUUAAUCGAAUACUUAUUUCAAUAGACAUAUGCGACAAUGGGAGUUGAGUGGGCCAUUGUGCGAUUAAAAUGAUAUAUAUUAUUUUAUUAUAUAUCUAAUAUGUAAGCGUUUGACUCGAUAAUGCAUCUCCUGAUAUAUUAUUAUCGAAGAGACUUUUUUAAAUUAUGAUAAGUACUUGAGCAGUAUGAGAAAUAUCUUGCUGUUCAUUCAUAAAGCGCUUUCCAAAGGGAGUCAUAUAAUGUGAUUAUUAUACCUUAGCAAAGCCUUUCCUAUCGGACAUUUUACUUGUAUUUGUGUGUAGUUUUAUCAAUAUUUUUGACUUAAUUAAUUGUGAUAUAUAUCCAUGAACACAUGGGUUUUGAGAAUGAAAAAAUGAAGUUUCAAAAUAUUCAAAAGAAAAAAGGUCUCGAAAAGAUUGGGUGCCGCUGCGUUAGUAUGAAUAAACACGAUAAAUAUUAUACAAUUUGUAAAACAUAUUCAUAUUGUAUUUCUUUUUGCGUAACUUGACUUUUUCAAAUUUUUUAUUUUUGUUAUCAUUUUUAAAUGCUCAAUGUCAAAAAAAGUCAAAAUGAACAAACACUUUUGGUAAAAAAAAAUGCAAUAGUCCAAUUCAAACACUUGUCUGUCGUAAGAUUAUAAACAUAAGAAUUAAUAUAUCAAGCUCAACAUACAAAAUUACGACCUCCAGAAGUAUGUACACCAAGAUGGCGCACAACCUGAACAUAGUAUGUUCAGGUUCAGGUCAGGGUUCAGGUUGUGCGCCAUCUUGGUGCACAUACUUCGGGAGCGCCCAAAAAUAACCUAACAUGUUGAUCUGGGCUUUGCUAUAGUAAGCAUUUUUUGUUGAACAAAAUUUUUUGUCGUUCCAAGAUUCCGAUGAAGUAAUUAAUAAUAAAUUGA